AUGAUUACCUGCGGGUUUUCCUCGCACGCUGAGGGUCCAUGCGGAUCUAGUUUAGACAACCCCGCGAAUACAGAGUGUGUUAUUAUAAGAACAUGUAAUAAAGACAUUCGAGCUCACAAGACUCAUCUUGGAAUUAAGGACAGUGCCUUGCAGACAGAAUCACAGUUGCUUUUAGCAAGAGUCGGGAUAUUUGUGUGCACCGAGGAAUUUCUCAGUCUUACUGUUUGUCCCCGUCACCGUGACUCUUACGGCAUCAGAUACCGCUGUCACAAGACACUGUGCUCAGUCCCAGCUACAUUUGCGAGCCAUGGAAAAAAGGAGAAAGUCGACAAGGCAUCUAUCACUCUGUUGCAGUCAGAGCAGUUUUUUAAGCAAACCGGGCACCUCGUGCCUGUUGGAUCACGAAUUUGCAGGAGAUGCCGAGGCGAGUUGUCAUUUUUCCCCGGAUCUUUACCUCGAGCGGGCACGCCUCUGGAUGUAACAACCAGUUCAGAACUUUUGAUUGAGAAAACGCAUCAUGGCGAGGGCGGUAAUCGGUCAUUGAGUAACGUGCCAGCCGUAUCUUCAACAUCUACUACAAAAUCCAGUUUUGAAGACGAGCCAGCGGCUGAGGAACUUCAAAGUGGCGGAAGCAAUGAUUCUUUGACGGAGGCGAUUGGGCAUCUGACGCUAGAAGACCCUACCUUUAUUUUAUCGGAUGACCUGAGCACUCCAUCAUCCUCUAGCGAUGUCGACGAAACCGAUGUCCGACUUCAAAAGCUCAAUGAAUUGCUACUCCUGUGUGGGCAUUCUGAUGUCAGAAUCGGGAAACCAAAGAAAAAAUGGUAUGAUCUUGGUGAGCGUGCAAGAAAUGUAAAUGUACAAAAGGCGGGGACUGCAAUAUCUUCAGUGGUUGAAGUUAUUUCUCCUGAAGAUGCCGGAAGUCUUUGGCGAACCGUCCUAGCCUCGCAGGAAGUAGAGCAUCGUUUGGGCGUCAAAAGUGGUGUAGAUACCAAGUACCUUGAGGCCUUGGCAGAGACAUAUCGCAAUGCUGAAAGCUGGAGUGCAAGGCGACAGAUUUUGGCCAUCAUGGCGGACCUGGUUCCUCUAGCUCAACUCCGAUCAUUCAUCCCGGGACUGACCGAGUAUCGAUACAGCAUAGCACGUCGACACAUCAUUGAACACGGCCGCGGGGCAGCUGUCCCUAAAAGAUCGAUCAACAGGGUGCGGAUCGAUGAUUCGAGACUAGAUCACUUCUUGUCAUUCAUCACAAGCCCACACGUGAUCCAAGACCUGCCGUAUGGUCAACGACACCUACGCCUCAUGGAUGGAAGGGUGCUAGAAACACCGAAUGUCAUUCGCUGUUUGAUUCCUAUAAGAAUCUACAAACAAUAUCAGCAGUACUGUGAGGAGUCCGCACUGAUACCCUUCAGCGAAUCAACCGUAAGACGACUACUUACAGUAUGCUCCGCAUCAGUCCGGAGGUCCUUGCAGGGGCUAGAUUACAUUGCCGCCGACGGCGCCAAGAGUUUUGAUGACUUGGUUGACAUCGUGGGGCAGCUUGAAGAUACCAGCAUUCAUUGCAGCGUAGCUUGGGUGACAGACUCCAAGCGACGGUUGAAAGCGGGGAAACACUACAUAAAAACCGACUAUAAGGUUCAUGUUACUGCUUCCUCUUUGGUGGCGGACCAUUGCAUCACACACGCCCUCAGUGAUACCAGCGACCCCUUACUCGCCUCAGCUUGUGACCACCCGCACGAUCUCCUCUGCGCAUCAUGUGAGGACCUCAAGGGCGUGUUAAUGAAGAUCGAAUCGGCCAUAACAUCAGCCUCCACACUGCAACCUGACGUGCGCGAUGACAUCAUGUUUGCCUAUAGCCUGUCUUGCACCGCAAUUGACGCGUGGAAGGCGCACCAGCUAAGGUCCAUACAGCAGGAUAAACCCCGCCACAUGACGCUAGAAGAGAUGGGCCCAGAUGAGAUCCUUGUAUUUCAAGAUUGGGCCAUGAAAUUCCUACCCCAGAAAUACCGCGAGACACAGGCCGACUGGUUUGGAAAGCGAGGAAUUUCCUGGCACAUCAGUGUAGUCAUUCGGAGAAACGCGGACGGCAGUCUGAGGCACCAGGCAUUUGUACAUAUCGUGGAGAACUGCAGUCAGGAUAGCUCUGUUGUCGUCAGCAUCAUGAGGCAUACGCUAGCAACAGUCAAGAGUGAAUGCCCGGAAUUGACAACGGCAUACUACAGGCAAGAUAAUGCAGGAUGCUAUCAUAGUGCGUCCAUGAUCGCCGCCUGUCGAUCCUUGAGCUUAUUAACAGGCAUCAAGGUGCAGCGGGUAGACUUCAGCGACCCUCAGGGAGGUAAAGCGGCUUGUGACAGGAAGGCCUCGACAAUAAAAGCCCACAUCCGCCGCUAUAUCAACGAGGGUCAUGAUGUUGUUACGCCAUCGGAUCUUCGGACUGCCAUGCUGUCUUGUGGUGGGAUUCCCGGGGUCCGAGUCGCUCUCGUGGAUGCAAGCAUCUUAUCUCCUGUUCUCUCACCCAGAAUCCCUAACAUUAGCAGCAUGAACAACUUUGUAGUGGGUGCCGAUGAGCUAACCAUGUGGAAAGCCUUUGACGUUGGUGUGGGAAAGACUUUCAGCUGGACCCAGCUCAAGGGUUAGUAAAGGCACAUUUCUUUUUCACUUAUC